GCGCCUAUAGCACGUGCACCUAGUGCCCUACAUGUCUAUAGACAACGGUUGAGAACACAUCCUUGUUGUACCGCCGCCUCGCGCAGGUUUAGAGCCGUCAAGUCUUCGACUGUUACAGAGAGACGAACAAAGUAGAAUAAAAUGUUUUCCCCGAGAGUUUUGAAGUCAGUAAAAUCUCUGACAUGCAGGGCGUUUUCACAACAGGGCAAAGCUCCAGAUAUGGCUGAAGGAAACGCACACUUGCUUGUGACCAAUGUACGCAAUCGUCUGCGGCAGAUCGUCGGAGCGUCGACCAACUGGAAAGAUCAUCAGCAAGCCCUGGCAGAGAGAAUGUCCCUGAGUAAACACCUCGCUAACAGUCAGGAGGAACUUCCUGCCAAGAGCAUGAAGGAGAGCGAGAUCGAGGUGCAUCUUCCGUUAGGGACGCAGCCGUCGCUCCGUGAGAAAUACCUCAACUUCCACAACAGCGUCAGGUUUGGUCGGAUUUUGGAGGAUCUUGACAGUUUAGCAGUGCUCAUCUGUUACUCUCACACCUGGAAUAAAGAGCUGGAGAGAUCGCCUCUGUCUAUCGUCACCGCUCUGGUGGACAAAAUCGACAUGCGAAGGAACAUAAUCUACCCAGACUGCGAUAUCAAGUUCACAGGUCACGUGACGUGGGUGGGGAAGACGUCGAUCGAGGCCAAGAUGCACAUGACCCAGUUCCAUGAUGGAGUUUACACACCAGUGUUAGACGCCACGUUUGUGAUGGUCGCUCGAGAUCCAGAAAAUAAAAGGGCAGCGUUUGUGAACCCUCUGAAACUGGAGAAGCCGGAGGAGGAGAAGAUUUUCCAACAAGGAGAGAUUAACAAGACGAGGCGUGUGGAGCUGAGUACUGCUUCUCUACUCAAGGUGGCUCCUACAGCGGAAGAGAGGACGCUCAUACACGGCCUGUUCCUCAACACACUCGACACCAAAACCGUUAGCUUCCGGAGUCGAAUCCUUCCCCCCAACUCCGUGUGGAUGGAGGACGCUAAGCUGAAAGGUUUGGAGAUCUGCCACCCACAGGAGAGGAACAUCUUCAAUCGUAUAUUCGGUGGUUUCCUGAUGAGGAAGGCGUACGAGCUGGGCUGGGCCAAUGCCUGUGCAUUUGCCAGAUGCAGGCCGGUUCUCGUAGCGGUGGAUGACAUCAUGUUCCGUAAGCCGGUGGAGAUCGGCUCUCUUCUGCUGUUGUCUUCACAGGUGUGUUACACUGAAGGACACCAUGUUCAGGUCAGAGUUCACACCGAGGUGCUCGAUCCUUUGACCCGGCAGCACAGCACCACCAACGUCUUUCACUUCACCUUCCAAGUGGAGAAGCCAGUUCCAGCUGUAGUACCACAGAGUUAUGGAGAGUCCAUGCUCUACCUGGAUGGGAAAAGACACUUCGAUGAGACAAUAAAGAAUCAGUGAAGAUCAUUCUGCAUACCAUCUGACCAUAGAGGAGGAUUUCAUACAGUGUAAUGCAACAAAACAACAACACCAAGAACAAAAGAAUAUAACUGCACUUUUUCACUGGGGAUGUUAAUGUUCUGUUGUUUAUGUGCAUGUAGGUAUUUUGUUCAUUUAUAAAUAUAGAUCAAAAUAUCCAAAUGGAAUUAUUUAUACUCAGUAACGUUGAACAUUUUUUUUCGACACUGGCUUUCACUACAGGAGAGGAUGUUCAGUGUAUUAGACUGUGUACUAUUGACUGUGUACUAUUGACUGUGUCUAUUGCACUUAUUAUUCAGACAUUAGAAGACAUUUAGUAUUUUAUUUCACCUUAUGGAAAUGCUGCAGGGUGUUUAGCAAUAUUUCAGCCACAAGAUUGACAGAAAGAUUUAGCAGAAAUGCUUGAAUCCUUGAGAUAUUUCUUGCGGUUGUUAUGGGGUUGUUGCCGUGUCUGUAAAUUACAAUACAGAUUGUUAGCAACCAGGAAUUAAUUAACGGACUAAAACAUGAUGGCUAGCGAUCAACAGAAGGAACAAAGCAAGACAGCAGUAGAUUUAAACAUGCAUGUGUACCAGCGAUGCCAGUAAACGGAAACUCUAAGUGCACUUAUUCGUUAUUAUGAGAACAUCACAUCACACGUAGGUCAGCUCUGUUCAAACGAACAAACAUGACUGAAUUUCUUUUCUUGUUUGUUUGUUUUUGCCAUAACACAGACAUUUUUUUUUUGUAUUUCUUAUUUUAAUAAAGUUCAUAUAUAUAUAUCAUA